GGAUCUGAUCCUCAGGAGUCCACAGAGGAUCAUCCUCCUGAACCAGCCGGUUUAUACGCCCAGAUUUUACAAACUUUGUGCUUCCAUAUUUGUGGAGAAACAAGGAGCAGGAGGGUGAACAAACAGGAAUUGGUUUUUGACCUGGAUUGUGUUGAGCAGUAAAUACUCAUGUUCUCCAGGAUUCUCCAUGCUUUCAAAACUACGCGACGUCCAGAGGGAAUGAAGCUGCGGUCCAGUUACCUCGGGACGCGGAGCCGAGUUUGACGUUACACCCGAGGUAACGGCGACUUUCAACAUCGUUACCUCCAUACUGACCAGACAGGAUUUUGAACUUUACACUCUACAACCAAACACCAUUUCAGUUUGUUCAGAUUAGUUGCUGGUUCUAUUCUAACAAUAUUUAAAACACUCUCUUACAUAUGUAUCAUAAAAUAAAUAUGUUUCCACAACAGCUUUCUACAAGGAGCGGCCAUAUUGAAACACAAAGUCAGCCUUACAAGUGGUAACUGGGGCAAGUUGGCGUUGCUCCCAGUUUACCAGUAGGAAAUUCAGCUUGUGAGGGCGAACUGUUUAGAACUAAGUCUAGAACUAUUUGGUCAAAUGUGUGUGAAAAAAAGUUUCAUUUAAAUCUUGUGAGGGGGAAGCAUUUCCCAUAACUACCAUGUAUAAUACAUGAUGUUAUAAUGGCUGGUAUUGAGAUUAACAGAGCAACUGCAAAUGAAACAAUAAAUGAUAAGCUUGUCAUUAGUCAAAGCCAGUUUAGUUGGUAAUAUUUUAGAAAGGAGACAUUUAUAAAGGCUACUAUAAUAUAAACCAAUUACAAACAUGAUAUUUUGGGUUCCUGACUUUUAUUUAACUCUGACCUUGAAAGGCCUAAGAGCUGAAAUGUUGUUAUAUAUCAAAUAAAGUUUAUAGCUGCUUUUUCCCCAUAAUAACAUUAAAGUUGAAUUCAUAUUUAACAGUAAACGGCUGCUUAAUAGUUUUUGUGAAUGUUUAGAGCAUCGGUGUCAAACUUCAGUCCUCCAGUUGCUGUCCUGCAGUUUUUAGAUGAGCCACAGGUACAAAACACUGGAAUGAAACGGCUUCAUUACCUCCUGCUUGUGUAGAUCAGUUCUCCAGAGCCUUAAUGAGCUAAUUAUUCUAUUCAGGUGGUGCAGCAGAGGCUCAUCUAAACGUUGCAGGACUGCGGCCCUGGAGGACUGGAGUUUGAGAGCAUAAAAAAUGACCCAAACAGAAGUGAAAGAUGUUAAACGUGUAAAGAUCUUAAAGGGAGACGUUUGAUUCAUCGUUGUGGUGUUGCUGUGAAAACAGAUCCUGAUGCAGCAAACGUUUUAACAAACCACUUCCCCCUUCGCUUCUCAUGAAGGCUGAGUUAACAUUUGAAGCAAGUUGCAUUAAAACUUUUCAACCUUUUUUCUAACUGUGUUUUAUCUGCUGCUGGUGCUUUAUGCAUGUUUUACUCAAUGCUAAAUCUACAAAGAUUCUUUGGAAAACUUUUAUUUGAAAACUUUUGCUCCACUUUCAGUUCAUGUUUUCUUUCUAGCUCUGAAAAAAGCUGUGUGUCUGUCAUGUGCUCCGUGGCUGAACACAAUGUUCAAAUUUACAGGUUUACUUACUUGGUAAUGUUAAAAUAUAUCAACACUUAAUGCAGGUUAAACUUGUAAUUAAGAUAAAAGAAAUGAAGUCUGAAUAAACAUAAGAGAUGAGGAAGUACCACCUCUCCAACAGGAAGUAAAGAUGACCUUGAAAAAGAUUCUUGUACCCGACGCUUCAUUUAGUCGGAAGAAGAACGACGAGGCGUCGAUGAACAAUGGCUGUCAUCAGUGUGCGAUGUGUUCACUUCUCUUUCUGUGGCUCUUUUAGUCUCUCUGUAUCUUUGCUACAAUCUGCUGUUGACACUUUAAGCUCUGUUUUCGUCUGAGAACUUCCUGUUUGUCGCUGUCCAGUGACGAGAUGCUGAUGAUUCUGUUUCUGACGGUGAGAAACGCCUCUGUUUCAGAUGUGCUUUGUGGUUGAACACAAUGUUCACAAAAAGGCUUUAAGAUGCAUUUUAACCUGUUUAGAUCUUCCUGGCAAAGUAAAAUAUACCUACGGUUAAUUAAGAUUAAUCACUAAAGUAAGAAAUAAUUAAAAAUAUUCAUUUUGUGUGUUAUUUCCUAACAUAAUGAGGAUAUGAGGAAGUAUCACCUCUUUUAUCACGGAAGUACAGACGACCUUAAAAAAGCUGCUGGUGUCGGUUUAGUUCAUCAGAACAAGAAAGACGGAAACAUCAAGGAUCAAUGGCUGAACUAAAAUGGAUUAAAGUUCAUUUAUUUCUGAUCCUGGGGCUUCAGUUUACUGUGUGCACAAUAACUGGAUCAUCUGUUUUCAUAAGAUCUGGGGAUGAUCUGGUUUUGUCUUGCCAACAUGUGAUAAGUGGUCAGAUAAACUGUAAUGGAACCACAUGGGUCUAUAGUAACACCAGCAGCUCAGUAGAACUGGUUAAGCUGGGAAAGGUUGAAAAUGUCCAGAGUAAAUCUAACAGACUGAGUCUUGCAGCAAACUGUUCUCUGGUAAUGAGGAACAUCACAGUGAAGGAUGCUGGUUAUUAUACAUGCCAACAAUAUAAAUCUGGAGCUGAACCCAGUGAACACAUUGAGGUUAAUAAGUCUGGAGUUUCUCUGUCUGUUGUUCACAUGAGUGAGCAGAAGGAUACAGAUGUGGUGACAUUAACCUGCUCUGUGGCGUCACUUGGUCAUUGUGGAUACACAGUGAAAUGGUUGACUGACUGUUCUACUGGGAAACCUGAUUUGAUCAACUGUCCAACUCAACACUCUGGCUGCUCUGCUGCAGUUUGUUUUAAAGAGCAUUCCUACACACAGAGCUGUGAGUUCAAGUGUGAAAUCACAAACCAUGAAACAACAAAGAUCUUUAACUUCAACCAUCAGUGCACAGAAGAUAAAUCAGGUAAAACAUCAUGCAGCCCAGCAACAAAACCUGGAGAUACCACAACAUCAGUUCCAACCACAAAAAGUGCAAAAGUCCCACCGUCAAAAGAAGGAGCUCCAUACAUCACUGCUGCUGCUGCUGCUGCUGCUGCUGCUGCUGUGGUCUUAGUCGCACUCUUGACAGUUGCUGGGAUUGUCAUCAGAUGGAGAACCAAACGAAACAUGAAGCAGGUGCAUGUCUAUGCUGAAGUGAAUCCAACGGUUCCAGUUUCUACCACGGCACUGGAAACCAGCAGGGACAACGUGGAGCCUGAAGAUGGUGUCUACUACUCCACCAUCAGUGAAACUCCAGUCAGGUUUCAUGUUGUUGUUGAAAGGGACGACAUGACCUACAGCACUGUGGCAGCUCCCGGCCCGCCUGCUGCAGCGAUCACUGAUCCCAACGGCCUCUACUCUCUCCUCACCGCUCCAGGAAAAUAGUUUGGAAUGAGACUUUAAUAAUACUUUUCUGUUAAAUUAGUGACAUGUAAGCUCCAGAUGUUGGUGGUUCUGAGUGACUCUUGUAUCUCACUUUGUUUUAAAAUGCAUUGGAAGAUUUUGUCUGACAUUUGCUUUUAUCAGUUUCCUGUAUUUUUAUCAGCUGCAUCAAUAAAAUAGUUUGUUGUCGUUUUUACAGUCACUAAUGUAUACUUGUGUAGUUUUAUCAAUAUCUGAAAGCUGAUUAUAAUAAAUAUAAACUAGAGAGAAGCACUAGAUUAUUACACUUAGAUAACACAUUUACUACUUCCUGUUUAGCAGCCGUCAAGCAGCCGAGUCACACUUACUGCUGCCUGGAGUUACCAGAAGUACUAAUGUUUUUUUUCUUUAUCUUACUUCUUUUUUUGCACCAUGUGAUCAUGCUCAACUUAAUUUUAUGUAACUUAUCAUUUCUCUAGUUCAGCUGCAGGUUUAUGAAGUUAUUGAAAUGAGAGGAAUCAUCAGAAUUUGCACAUUUCUGAGAAACAAACUUAUUUACUCAGCUGCAGGAUGAAAAAAUGCACAACAUAUUCAUCAUUAUUUUAAUUGCUCUAUUUUGUAAUUAAUAAAUUCACUCCUGAAUCUUCUGUCAUUGUCACAUUUUAAAGAAUAAAUCCUCCAGUAGGAGGCUCUGUUGAGUAAGAUAUUAAUGACCCUGUAGAUGACAUCUGCAACAGAUAUAAAAAAAUUUCAUGAGAAUUUUUUGUUUGUUUGAAUGGCAGAAACGGACUUCUAUUAA